ACCCAGGCAAAUAGCGGGCACGUGUUUGAGUAGCUCACAUGACACAGAAGCCUUGCCGGGUGCCUAUUGGAGAGGACGCGGCACGGGAGGCUCGUCGUCACGGGGAUUAUAACGGAGUUCAGCCGCGGGGAGGUACCGGGCGAGGAGUGGAGAAACCUAAGGACGGCCCGACACUCUGCGUGCGGCGACAAGCUACCAGAACCGACCGCAGGCACGGAGCCGGUCGCCCGUCCGCGCUCUACGCGGGGUCUGGAACUAGGUCAUGUAGUCGGUCUCGUCAGCGAAACACUCAAACUCUAGCGCCUUAUCUCAAGUACUCUGGAGUGUCCGUGUAGACCGAGAAUUCCGCCAGGGAUGCCCGCAGCAGUGCCGCCGGCGAGUCGUCCGGCCAGGGGAGCGGGGAUGUGCGUCCCCUCACCCCGGUGGUGUCUGAUUCUCCUGGGAGUACUCAUCCUCAUGUCCACGGUUUCCGCUCAGCACAGGAGACGGCCGGACGGGCACGGGCAGCAGGCGAGAAAAGAGGUCAGACCCCGGGAAGAGCACAGACCAACGCACAGCCAAGACUCCCACCCUGUCAGGAGCCGUCCCCAGCACAGGAGGGUUAAACCCAGUCGGCCCUACCUCCGCGCGGAGCCGGAGUCCCAGAGACACAGACUGCUCCAUAGGAAGGCCGUGUAUCCAGACGACGCCCGCUUCCCCGAUCCGGCAGAGGGCCACCGGAAGGUCGUGGACGGACCGACGCGAAAGGUGUCCGGGGACGGUCAGGGGGAGCCGGUGGAGGCGGGCGGGGACGAGUACAGGUGUCCGCCGCCGCUGACGGUGAACAGGCUCCGGCGGAGGGUGUGUCAGCAGACCAAGUGCGUGUCGGACUCGGAGUGCGGCGCGGAGAGGAGGUGCUGCUUUAACGGCUGUGUGUUCACCUGUCUCGACGCCGUGCCGCCGCCAGCAGUGCUGGACUGGUUGGAACAGCCGAGUCCACAGAGAAGUGCAGGUUAUGCGUGGCUCGUGGCAGAACCAGAGGAAGUUAUGGGAGUUGAGACGUGUAGCACGACCACCGCCUCCCCUAACGAACUGUUGUUAGAGUGUCCUCACGGGUACGUCUGUCACAUCACCAACCAGGGAGACCCUACCAGUGAUAUACCGAACGCUGGCGUCUGCAUCAAGGGACAAGAUGACGAAAGUCCACGCCAGUUCCGUCUGCGCUCAGGCCCGACAGAAGACGGGAAAGGUUGCAUGGUGGAAGGACAGACUUACCGAAACAAACAGCUCUUCAGUUUCAACACACACAUUUGCAAAUGCAGAAACGGAGGAGUUACCUGUGUGGUGGCAGACAAUGUAGAGACCUUUGCAGGCUGGCUGGAUGCUGAUGAGUUAGACUACAGUGUAGGAGAGGUGCCCAGCUCAGGAGCAGAGACUGUCUGAUUCAUAUAGACCAGAAAUAUAACAAAUACACAGAAAUUAACUUUACAAGUUCAGAGGGCAGCUUGCCAUUGAUCCUCACAUUCUACAUUUGGCCCUGAAAUGUGGUUUAAAUGUUUUAUUUUCUGAUUUAUCUUAACCUUUGGACUAUUUCUGAUCAUCUCCUUAUGCAUGUUCACAUUUCAUCAUAGACAGAGAGGUUGAUAAAGGCAUUGGUAUAUAAUACACUGUAAUUGAUUAAAAUAAAGGGGUAGGAUGUGAUCGUCCUUCAAAAAGCAUGAACAUCAGACGGGUCAACAAAAUCAAGAGUGUACACAUUAA